AUGGUGCACUCAGAUCCAUUUAGCAAUUGCGCAGCUGAAAAGUGUCCACCCAGUUUGAAGUCCAAAUUUGCGAAUCGUAUUCCGGGUCUCACAUCGCUCGAGGUGGGAUUCGAUGAAUCGAUGGGAGCCUCCAGGAGCGGCAGCACCAUGAGUGGUGUCUUCCGUAAGCUCGCGGUUAUCUGUGCCUUGUUUUUCUUGCUUCAGAACCUCCCCCAACUAGAGAGAAAGAACCCAACCGACCUGCGGAAAAAGGUAUAUCAUUGGAGAGGGCUGUCCCAGCAUGAGUUAAAUAAAAGGGAAGAAAAUGUAAGCGGGAGCAACGAGGAGCUAGACAAACUAUGGAAGAAAGAAUUAAUUAAAUGGAAAUCAGACCUGUACUUAAUAAAUAAAGAAACCUUUUGGGAAUUCAAAAGGGUGUGCAAAAUUAACAACGUAGACUUUAAGUGGGAAAAUGAAAUAUGGAAAAAAUUCAGAGAACAAAUGGGUAAAAAUAUUUACGAGAAGGAACUGAAGGACCACCAAGAUUUUUCAAAAUUAAAGAGUAAUAAACCAACAGAGGAGGAAAUCAACAAUUUUAUUUUAUCCAAGAGAGACACCUUUGGUAUAUUUUGUGAUUACUUGAAAAAUGAAAGGACGUCACUGAUCGAUCAUGUCAUUAAGGAAUGGAUAAAAGUGAGAGGUGAAUUUUUGGACACUGUGGAAUACAAGGCGUGGAAGGUCCGGAAGUUACUAAAGAAAAUGCAGAAGAAGGAGGUCGCCAAGCUGUAUUCGUAG